AGAGAGAGAGAGAGAGAGAGAGAGAGAGAGAGGGAACUGGCAGCAAAUCGAAAUUUCCUCGCUCUCUUGCUUCCACCUUUGGUACCGAGGGCAUACCACGUGAUCGUUCGCGAACGGUAUCGAAGUGAAUCUCGUUACGGAGUGCGGAGACACGCUGCGGAGAAUUAGUCGAGUGCGAGAGAGAUCGAUUACGUUCAUAACCUCGAAUCUUCGUCGUUUACGCCCUUCGUCUUCGUAUUCUUAUUUCUUAUUCUUUAUUCUUUCGUUUUAUUUUUAUAUACGUAUAUACGCACAAACACAGACGCACGCAUACACAACGUAUAUUUUAUUUUCUUCCGGUCAUAAACGCCGGUGAUUAAGAAUUGAAAAAAGUGUUAGUGUACUUUCACGUAGUAAUAUAGAAAAAAUGAACUCGACGAAGGUGUCGUCGAAGUCGUCACUGUCGUGUAACAGCAUGAACGAUCAAAAGAAAAAGAAGGAGGAAGAAGAGGAGUUAACAUCACCAUCAUUAUCGUCGUCGUCGUCUUCGAUGUCGAAGAUCAAGGAAGAGAAAAUUAAGAACGUCGAGGUCGUCAUAGAAAAGGGAGAAGAAAAGGUGGAAUCGACGAAGAAACGAGAAGAAACUAAUCGAUGCAUCGAACGCGUUCAAAUCGUGCCACUUAUGCAGUGUGGCUCCUUGGACAUCGGCGAAGAACGCCAGCGUCGGGUCGCUAUGAUGGAGUCCCUCUGUCAGGUGAACAACAAGACCAACAACGGCAAUGAUUCUAACAAGGAGAACAACAACAAUAAUGUUAACCAUCAUCAAAACAACAACAACAACAACAACAACAAUACGAUAACAAACAACAACAAUAAGAACAGCGGCAACAACAACAGCAAUUCAGAUUGUCCGGAUCCUCAGCAAAGGCUGGCAGUGUUGAGCUUCGAACAGGUGCGUCGAUUGAACGACGUGAUGGACGAAGUUGUCAGCAUUCACGGUAGGGGAAAUUUUCCUACGUUGGAAGUUAGACUGAGAGAUCUCGUGACGGUGGUUCGUAGCAAGCUCGAAGGUGACCCGAGCAAUGGCGGUGCCGGUAUGAGGGUAAGGGACAUCAGGCUGAACGGUGGUGCGGCGUCUCACGUAUUGGCGACCGAAUCACAGCCUUACAACGAUCUCGACCUUAUAUUCGCCGUGGAAUUGUCGAGCGGCCGAAAUUACGACAAGGUUAAGGCCGCCGUUUUGGGCUCUCUGUUCGAUCUUUUACCCGAGGGCGUUAGCCGCAAACGCAUAACGACGUGCAGCUUGAAGGAGGCAUACGUCAGUAAGAUGGUCAAAGUGAACAACGACGGUGACCGAUGGUCCCUGAUAUCCCUCGGGAAUUCGCGUGGUCACAGGAACGUCGAGCUAAAGUUCGUCGACUCUAUGAGACGGCAAUUCGAGUUCUCCGUCGAUAGUUUUCAAAUAGUUCUUGAUUCGCUUUUAUUAUUUUACGAGUGCAGCAAGCUACCGAUAGGGGAGAACUUUUAUCCAACGGUCGUGGGCGAAUCGGUAUAUGGUGAUUUCCAGGAGGCACUUUACCAUCUUCACAAGAAGUUGAUAUCGACGAGGCAUCCGGAGGAGAUACGGGGCGGUGGUCUGUUGAAAUAUUGCAAUCUCUUGGUCAAGAUGUACAAGCCUUCUCAACCGGACUACAUAAAGACGCUAGAGCGAUACAUGUGCUCGAGAUUCUUCAUCGAUUUCCCCGAUAUAAGUCAACAACGGGCGAAACUCGAGAAUUAUUUGUGGAAUCAUUUCGUUGGGCCCGAAGAGGAGGCCCUAAAGUACCAGUACCUGAUGCUAUUGCACAGCGUCGUCGAGGAGUCGACGGUUUGCCUGAUGGGUCACGAACGGCGACAGACUCUUGCAUUGAUCGAAAGUCUCGCAUGCCAGGUACUUUAUCAGGAACAACAGCAACGGCUGACGAAUCAUCAGCAAGCACCACCGGGACCACCAGCGACCUACGUAUACGCUAACGGCUAUUAUUACGCACCCGUCAUACCUGCCGCGUGUUACACGUGCACCUGCAACUCUUGGAUGGCGUGCUCGUCGUGAUGCGACCCCGCCGUCGUUUUAACCAUCGCCGUCGCCAUUUUUUUCUUAUACCAUACCAACCCCGUCCUCGUUAUCAUCAUACACGAGUGCUUGAUCACUCGUAAAUGGACUUCUUCAUUGUGUUACCGUGGCUCGUGUGGAAAACGAUGGGACGAAGUGAACGAAAGAUCGACGAUAUUCGAUCGACCGCAACAACAGCAACAACAACUACUACUACUACUACUAGUACUACUACUAUUACUAUUACUACUACUACUACUAUUACUACUAUUACUACUACUAUUAUUACUAUUACUAUUACUACUACUAUUACUAUUGCUACUACUACUACACGUCGGGGUUGGUAAAUCCUCGACGGCGGCGACAGCACCAACAACAACAACAACAACAGCAGCAGCAGUAACAGCAACGGCGACAGUAGUAGCGGCUAUGGCGACGACGCGACGAUGACGUCAGUGUUCGAGGGGUGGACGUAGACGAUAAGGAAAGGCCAGUACCAGUUCUUGUUUGGUGGACCGCUUUGGAGGCGAUUCGCCAAAUAAAAUAAAAGAAAAAAAAAAAGAAAGAAAGAUGAGCAGACACUUUUGAAAGUCACCAGCCUUUCCGAA